AUUCAUUUUGAGAAUGCAGAACGCUACAAUUUCCUUUUUGCUUCACUGUCAAAGCCACUGAUACGAAAUAGUUAUACACACGGUAUAGUUCCAAUCAUCAGCUCCUUCACUUCAAAAGUGGAAACAAAUUUUUCCUGUCCGUACAUCGAAUUUAUAAGUGACCAGGAAUUAGCUAUUCAUUUUCUUAAGACAUUAUCAUCGGAAAUUAGUUUGAAUAGUAGCCGAAAUUUAAAUUUUAUCUAAUUAGAAGCAUCACAAUUUUACGACAGCGUUUUUUUCGCCAGGAAAAUUUAGAUUUGACGCAGCUAAAAUUUUCAUUUUCAGCAGUCAAAGAGCAAAAAAAACUUGUGCUUAUUAUUUGGUUCAUUAUUUUUCAUUAUUUUUCACAGAACGGACAAAACCAAUCAGGACGAGGACGACAUGAUAAAACGACGGAGCAACAGUGUCUGCCCCGACAACAAGCGUAACUUGACCCAGCAGCACUCGUUUGAAGACCCGAUCACAGGUGUGAAGAUAACGAGCGAGGAUUACCGGCUGAUGGCCACACCCACUGACUCCACCAAUCCCAGACUCCACUCCUCUUUCAAACCCAAAUGGCGUCUCGACCAGUCCACCGAAUGAAAGAAUCACAAGACUUAAAACACACAACAAUUUACCCAUUCAGGCCUCUCUUCUGUUCACACCCAUCCCCUCCCCCACCCCCC